AUGAUCGAUAAUCUGAUAAUAUUAAGAAUACAAAGUUAUUAGAAUAAUACAAAGGGAUAUUCAUAUGAAGAAUUAAAGUAGCUACCUAAUUUUAAUAUUGUUACUUAAAAAAAUAAAAUCUAUUUUGGAUAGAUAUUCAAUGGUUAAAAACAUGGUAAAGGCGUACUCCUGAUGGAAUAAGACCAUAUAUAUGAAGGAGAAUUCAAUAAUAAUCGAAAACAUGGGCAAGGUUGGGAAGUUUUUCCAUCUAAAUCUUUUUAUAAAGGACUAUAUGUAAAUGGAAAACCGGAAGGUUAAGGAAAAUUUUAAUGGGCGAAUGGAGAAUAUUAUGAAGGAGAAUGGUUCAACGGCAAUAAGCAUGGAUAAGGAACUUGGAUGGGUUUAAAGGGAGAUAUGUAUACUGGAUAUUGGAUUGAUGGUAAACCUAAUGGAAAAGGUUAACAUAAAUGGAUUAAUGGAGAUUAAUACAAAGGAGAAUUUAAAGAUAGUUUGAAGCAUGGUUUUGGUGAAGAACUAUUUGCUAAUGGUGACAGAUAUGUUGGAAUGUAUUAAAAUGGAAAACCUGAAGGAGAUGGAGAAUACUUUUAUUCAAGCGGUGCAUAUUUUCAUGGAAAAUUUAAAAAUGGUCUUAAAACUGGUUAUGGAGAAUAUAGAUGCUCAACUUACUCAUAUAAGGGAUAUUAUAUGAACGACAAAAAACAUGGAGAAGGUGAAUUAAUUUACUCAGAUGGAACUCGAAAAAAGGGAAAAUUCUUUAAUGAUUUCUAUGAAAAAACUGUUCUACGAUAAUUAAGUGUCCCAAAUAAUACUUAACCAAAUGAUACUCCUCCUAAAAAUUAUUAAGAAAUAAUGAGGGCUUGCUUAAAACCUCCUUCUUAUUUAUCCUCUACUAAACCUAACACUUAAAAAAAAUAAACUUCUCCUCUUAACAAAACUGUUAUCAUCUAAAGAAAUCGUCUUGAUUUCAAUUCUUCAGAAAAGCCCUAAAAGCAUUUGCAAAUCCAAACAGGGAGAUAAAAUUCUAAGAGAGAAUUUUAAGAAAAGGAUAUCAAUCUUAAAUAAUAAGACAAAAUUGUUUAAUAGAAAAAGAUUUCAAUAAAUGUACAUAGCAAUAAAUCUUCCCCAAAAAACUAAGUACAUUAAUAAACUAUAUACAAAUAACCUUGCCGAUAGCCAUAAGAAUAUUCAUUUAAAUUCGAUACUACUAAAACAAGUUUUGUUACCAAAACAGGAUUGAAAGGAAAAUAAAGCUUUAAAUAGCGAAGUUACUCAAAAUAUGAUUGA